CUCUCCAGCCGCUGCGGAGGGACGAGAGUUUUAAACAUUUUUUGCAGGAUUUACCUUCAUCUCGCCAAGAUGAGGCUUCUUUUUGUUAUCGUCGCGGCUCUGCUGACAGAAAAUCUAGCGCUUCCAGUAGGAAAGGAAGGACAGAGAGAAGAUGUGGUGACAAGAUGUUUGGUUGAAGUCCUGUCCAAAGCUCUCUCCCAACCGGACUCUCAGCUGGAUCAGGAAUGCAAAGAAAUUCUCCAAGCAGGGGUUAAACAUGCCCCACUGGACAAGAAGAGUGGAGAGGGGAAAGAAGAAUUGGUCAAAGGUCACUCAGAGGAGCCCGAAGCAAAGGGCGCAGAUGUGAAAGACAUCGAGGCGCUCCUGAAGUCCGUGGAGGCAAAGAGAGAGGAAAACCCAGAAGACGAGCGCAGUCAGGAAUCCUGGAGUCUAGGUGACGAGAAGGAGAAGAGACAAGAGGAGGAGCGCGAGAAGAGGAGCAGCUGGAGGCCUAGAUACCACCAACGUAAACACAAACGAGGAGAGGAAGAAGAAGACAACGAGCGCAGUUGGGGAUUAGAAGAAAAGAGAUCAGGAGAAGAGGGUGAUGAGAGAGAGAAGACGAACUGGAGACCUGGGAGGUACUACCAAAGAAAAAACAAACGAGAUGAGGAACCUUUAGGAGAUGAAAGGGAGGAACCAGAAGAAGAGCGCAGCCAAGAGUCCUGGGACAUAGACAAAAGGCAGGGGAAUGAGGAUGAGGAUGAGCGAUACAAGCGCAUAUGGAAACCCACCCAUCGCUACCACCACAAGAAAAAAAUCCACAAACGUGGUGAUGGCCCAUCUGAAGGAGAGGAAGAUUACGAUCGCAGCCAGGAAUCUUGGGGUCUUGAUGAUCAAAGGGACAAGCGGGAUUGGAGGGCUGGAAGGUACCACCAGAGGAGACACAAACGUGAUGAGGAGCUCUCACAGGAAGCCAGGGAAGAACCUGAAGAAGAACGCAGUCAGGAAUCUUGGGGUCUUGAUGAUGAGAGGGACAAGCGGGAGUGGAAGCCUGGCAGGUACCACCAGAGAAGACACAAACGUGAUGAAGAGCUCUCACAGUUAGCCAGGGAAGAACCCGACGAAGAACGCAGUCAGGAAUCUUGGGGUCUUGAUGAUGAGAGGGACAAGCGGGACUGGAGGACUGGCAGGUACCACCAAAGGAGACACAAACGUGAUGAAGAACUCGCAGAAGAAGCCAGGGAAGAACCUGAUGAAGAGCGCAGCCAGGAGUACUGGGAUUUUGACACCGGAAGAGAUAAGCGGGACUGGAGGACUGGCAGGUACCACCAAAGGAGACACAAACGUGAUGAAGAGCUUUCAGAAGAAGCCAGGGAAGAACCCGAUGAAGAGCGCAGCCAGGAGUACUGGGAUUUUGACACCGGAAGAGAUAAGCGGGACUGGAGGACUGGCAGGUACCACCAGAGGAGACACAAGCGUGAUGAAGAGCUUUCAGAGGAGGAGAGAGAAGAGCCAGAUGGGGACCGCAGCCAGGAGUAUUGGGGUUUAGACAAAAGACAUGGACAAGAUGAGGAAGAAAUAGAAAAGCGUAUAUGGAAACCAACACACCGAUACCACCAUAAGAAGAAAUUUCACAAGCGUGGUGGAGGCUCAUCAGAAGAAGAGGCUGAUUCUGACAAUUUUGAGGAAGCAGAAAAAGACAGGGACGAAGCCCAGAGGUAUAUUGCAGAGAAGCGCAAUCCCUGGAUUUACAGAGGUUUCUACCACCCUGCCUGGCGUAAAAGGAAUUCAGACGACCACGCUGCAACAUCAAACAAGAUGAGUGAACUGGCCAAGUUGCUGAACUAUAAGAUAAACCAGCUGGCCUACCAGUCUCAUCAAGAGGAGGCAAAGAGAAGCACACAUCAGAGAGCACUUACCCCGCAGGAGGAAAAAGAGCUGGAAAACCUGGUGGCGAUGGAUAUGGAGUUGCAGAAAAUCGCCGCCAAGGUGCAUGACAACAGUGAAUAAGCCAGGAUGGGCUGCAUUUUAACACACCAUCAACUAUCAGUGGAAGCUGCUGUUUAACUGUAUGUCUACUAAUUUGGUGUG